GUUGCACCAAAAGUCCAAAACCAUGCUAAAUGCCCUCUCCUGACUCUUGUUCUUUUCCCAGAUUUUGUGAGGGCACUUAAACCCUAAAAAUGAAGGCUUUUCUCUCCACCUUACUGAACCCAAACUGGAAAUCUGCUGGGCAAAACGCCCUGAAACGUUUCUAUGGCUCAGCUGCUUCUUCAAUGCAGCCACGCUAUGGGUCUGGACGCCUCUACCGGAGAAUUUCACCCGUUGGUGACCCAAACGUGUCUGUGCUGCCAAUUCUUGAUCAGUGGAUCGAAGAAGGAAAGACUGCAGACAGGGUUGAGCUUCAGAGAAUCAUCAAAGAAUUGACACGUUUUAGAAGAUAUAAACAUGCCCUUGAGGUAUCAAAAUGGAUGACUGACAAAAGAUACAUUCCCAUGACAUCUCUUGAUGUUGCUGCUCGAAUGAAUUUGAUCUUCAAAGUUCAUGGCAUGGAACAAGUUGAAGAGUAUUUUGGUAAUGUCCAUCAGCGAUUCAAACACCAUGUUCUUCUCACGGCCCUUCUCAACUGCUAUGCACAAGAAAAGUCUCUGGAAAAAGCCGAGGCCACCAUGGAGAAAAUAAGGGAUAUGGGGUGGGCUAAGACACCAUUACCUUACAAUAUCAUGAUGAAUCUCUAUUAUAGUAUGGGAAGAUGGGAGAAGGUGGAUGGCAUAAUGAAAGAAAUGGAUGAAAAGGGCUUGUAUCAUGACAGGUACACAGUUGGUAUCCGCCUAAGUGCAUAUGCUGCUGCGGGUGAUUCUGCUGGAAUAGAUAAAAUAGUCGAGGUGAUGGAAUCUAAUUCUAAUCCAAAGAUUACUUUAACCUGGAAUACCUAUGGUGUCAUAGUAGAAGGAUAUUUGAAAGUUGGGCAGUUGGACAAAGCUCUGGCAAUGCUGAAGAAACUCGAGGGGCAGAUCCCGUUCAGCAAUAACACCAAGCACAAGAAUUCUGGAUAUACUUAUCUAUUGACAAACUAUGCAGAUCUUGGAAAGAAAGAAGAGGUGUACCGAAUAUGGGAUUUGUUCAAGCAGAAAGAAAAAAAGAUUAAUAAUACGGGUUACAUGAGCAUGAUGGGCUCUCUGUCAAAAUUAGAUGAUAUAGAAGGCAUGGAGAGGAUCUUUGAAGAAUGGGAAUCAAGGGUUUUAUCCUAUGAUUUUCGUGUUCCAGACCACUUGAUUGAAGCCUACUGCAGAAAAGGUCUGCUGGGGAAAGCUGAAGCAGUUUUAGAACGAGGAAUAGCUAAAGGCGGGGUCCCUUCAGCUGCUACAUGGUGUUACAUGGCAGGCGGGUAUCUCCUGGAUGGCCAAGAACCGAAAGCUCUGGAAGCUUUGAAUAAAGCCGUAUCCAUAUGUCCACCCGAUUUUAAUCCUAGUAAGGAUACCCUGAUUAAAUGUGUGGAAUAUCUUGAAAAGCAUGGCAAUGUGGAGAAUGCUGAGGAGUUGAUACAAUCUUUAGAAGAUAUACGAGCUUUCUCACCAAUCUUACGUGAAAAACUAUCUUGUUUGAUUAAGGAUCCAUCCAUAGCUGAGGCAGAGCAAGGUGGUGCCUAGGUGAUAUGAUCUUGGAUUGUCACGAGACAACAGCUUGGCAAGGUCAAUGAUGUUUCUUGAGAGUACACCAUGGGUAUCAUGAUUAUUUGAUAGUUAACGUUAACAUACUUUUUCUUUUUUUGUGUACUCAAGGUUUUCACUGUCAGACACAGUGACUAAUCUCCUUGCUGAUUGUAUCUAUCACUGCUUUUAUUAGAUUUUAGAUUGGACCCUGACCAUUCUCAGGGGCAUUUGGUUUGUGGAGAGUUGUGGGGUUGGGUUUGGCAAUGGGAAUGGAAGAGUUAAGUUUGUUUGGUGGAAGUUUUAAUUUUUGGGCCUUUGAAAUGAAAAUCAAUGAAGACACCAAGAACCAACUUCAUCCUCAAAAUCUCUGGCAUGGCAAGAACAAUGAUGUUUGUUGAGAACAACAGUGAUGACAAGAUUACUGCAUGGAUAUCAGCGUUAUUUGAUUGUUAAUGGUUACUUGCUCAUUGUAACUUAUCAUGAUUGGAUACUAUUUGUGCCACCUAUAAGGGGUGUUUGGUUGGAUGGAAAAUAUUUUCUUAAAA